GGGAUACCCAUACAUGCACAGAAAGAGUGUACAACCUUCCUUACAGAAGACGCCGGAAUUGAACUCCCCUCUCCAAUGCUCUGAACUGUAAAAGCUUUGCACUGGCUGCUACGUUACCGUGGUGCCUCUGUAUUGAUGACCAGUGGUGUUCUGCAGGAAUCGUUGUGAUUUUUUUAAAUUACUGAGAUAAGGAAGUGGAAGGGUGGGUUAGUAAGUUUGCAGAUGACAUGAAGAUUGGUGGUUGCUGUUGAGAGGUGCAGAGCUGGGCUGAGAGUGGCAGAUGGAGUUCAAUCUGGAAAAGUAUGAAGUGAUUCACUUUGGAAUGUUGAACCUGAAGGCAGAGUGCAGGGUUAAUAACAGGAGCCUUAACAGUGGAGGAAUAGAGAAAUCUUGAGGUCCACAGCCAGAGAUGCCUCAAAGUUACCACUUAAGUUGAUAGGAUUAUUAAGGCAUAUUAUUUGAACUAGUAACACCAAGGAAUGUAAAUUUGCUGACCCUCUCAACUUCUGAUCCUCCAUUGAGAAUUGGCUCAUGGACCUCUGGUUUCCUCCUCCUGAUCUUGCUGAAAUCGAGUAAGAAAUUAUUGUUGAGGUACCACUCAGCCAGAUUUUCAACCUCCCUCUUAUUCAUCACCACCUUUGUUUCACCCUAUGACGCUAGUGUCAACAGCAAACUUGAAUAUGACAUUGCAGCUGUGCUUAGCCCCACAGUCAUAGGUGUAAAGUAGGAAGAGCAGAGGGCUAAGCACACAGGCUCGUGCUGCUCCUGUGCUGAUGGAGGUUGUGGAGGAGAUGUUGUUGCCAAUCCGAACUGACUGGAUCUGCAAGUGAGGACAUCCAGGAUCCAAUUGCAAAAGGAGGCCAUGGUGCCAAGGGCUUGAAGCUGAUUGAUUAGUUUUGAGGGGAUGAUAGUAUUGAGUGCCAAGCUGUGGUAGAUUAAAAAAACAUUUUUACUGUACUGAUGCUUCAGGAUUGAGUGAGGAGCCAAUGAGAUGGCAUUUGCUGUGGACCUGCUACUCCGGUCGGCAAAUCUGAGUGGAUCUACAAACGUUAAGUUGCUUCUCAGGGCGUCGCAGAUGGAUUUGAGGAGUGCCCUGGAUGAGUGCAACACUGCUCUGAGUUUAUUUUUAAAUAACAAAUUUUCUGAAGCCUUGGAUUUGUUGCGCCCUUGGUCGAAAGACAGCAUGUACCAUGCUCUAGGUUACAGCACUAUGCAUGCCAUGCAGGCAGCCAUGACAUUUGAACAGAAUGAUAUUCUUGCAGCCAUUGGAACAAUGAAGGAAGCUUUACAGACCUGUCAGAAAUUUCGAAAGAAAAAUUCUGUUGUGGAGUCGUUAUCGAAUUUAAUAUCAAAACAAGGGGCUGACCAACUAACAGAAGAGGAGAUGCAUGCAGAGAUGUGCUAUGCUGAAUGUCUACUUCAGAAGGCAGCUCUGACAUUAGUGCAGGAAAGGUGUGAAGAUUGUGAGACAGCUGCAGAGGACGUUUACAAGGAUGCUGCCUGGAUUCGAGAGUAUGAGCUAAAAGGACAGGAUGAAAAUAUGAUUAACUUUAUUAAAGGAGGAAUCAAAAUCAGAACAAGUUACAACAUUUACAGGGAAUGCCAGCAGAUUGUGCAAAUGACACAGGAUCGAGUCAAAACUGACGUCUAUUGCCAGUUUGAAGGUGGAGUCAAAUUAGGAAUUGGAGCUUUUAACCUGAUGCUAUCUUUGCUACCUUUAAGAAUUCUUCGACUACUUGAAUUUAUUGGAUUUUCGGGUAAUCAGGAGCUGGGAUUAUUGAUGCUGCGAGAAGGUGCUGCAACUCAUAGUCUGAGAGCAAUACUGUGUGCUUUGACUCUCCUGAUGUACCAAACUUACAUCACCGUAGUCCUCGGUGGAGGUGAAGGCAACCUCAAGGAAGCCGAGACACUCCUUCAGCCCUACCUCAAGAAGUAUCCCAAUGGCUCUAUUAUAAUGUUUUAUGCAGCCAGAAUUUGCAUACUCAAGGGUAGCUUUGAAGCGGCUCAGGUGAAGUUUGAGGAAUGUAUUGCAGCUCAGGAAGAGUGGAGACAGAUUCAUCACCUGUGUUACUGGGAGCUAAUGUGGAGUAACUCGUUUCAACAACAAUGGCUUCAGGCAUAUCGGUAUGCAGACCUCCUGUGCAAAGAGAGCCGUUGGUCACAAGUAGGUACAUUUAUGUAUAGUUGUACAAAUGGUUAACAUUCUGCUUACCUC